UAUUCAGUGAUCGUGUGCGUUGCCCGGCGCACAGGGUCGCUAAGGGGGCGGGACCGCUGUUGUUUGUAAAUAAAAAGUUUUCCGUAUUUCGCGACAGCGCUACCCUGACGACUUAGCUACUCGAGCCAUGAAUUCUGUCCUACAGAAGAUUUUUUUACCUUAUAAAUGUAUAAAGCAUAUUAUAGAAUUACGAAUUGAGCGAGUAUGAUUCUUGCUGGGUCGGACCAUUUUCUGACGGUAUCGGUCGAGACAGCGGCGUUUCUCGGUGCUGUCGCAGGAUUCGGGGCUCUCCUGCUGGUUCUCUUCCUUUACUUGUCACGGAAAUGGUGUUUCACAUCUUCCCCACCUGCUACUUACUUUGGUGGCGUGUGCGUACCUUUUUGCCAGUCUAAUAACAGCUCGUCAUCCCAACUCAGCACGAAUCUUGGCAAAACAUUGGAUUUUCAUUCGGAUGUGGAGACAAGUUCAGAAUCUGAGGAGGAAGCAUUGCGUCAGCCUAAUUUUGGAUCUCAUCUCUCACGUGACAGCCUUGCCAUAACAGCAGAUGGUCCCGGGGCAACAGAUGUUGGAAAGGUAUUGAGCUGCGGUGGUACAGAAGAGAAAUCACUUCUGGAUCGGCAACAGUGUGUAGUUGAAGUGGGUACCCCCAAUGUGAUUGGAACCGAAGAAAUGGACAUUAAAGAUAAAAGGGAAGAGGAAAAUAAAGCAGACCUGCAGCAAUGUUUGAAUCAUCACAAGGAAUCUCCUGUACCGAUUCAAGCGGAGGAAAUUCACAGCUUGGAGGUGGCGUUGAUAUACGACGCGCCGAUGCGUGAAAUGACGGUUCAAGUGCUGCAAGGACGGAAUUAUCCGAAUAUGAUAGGUGGUAGUCAGGUUCGUUUGGUUUUGUUGCCAUCUAAGAAACAGAGACGCAAAACAAGAGUCCGUCAAGGGACUACGCCGCAAUACAUGGAAAGCUUUCUGCUACAUCGUGUUAAUCCUGAAGACGUGAAUGGGAUGGGUGUCAGGCUGAGGGUGUACUGGUGGACUGGGCGUAUACGGAGGGAGAGAUUGCUUGGAGAGGCAAGGGUUUCUUUUGACCAAAUAAAUCUGCAAUUGGAAACCACACUGUGGCUACCCUUGCAACGCCCACCCCAAUCUUUAUCCACGGUGCAGGAUUGGGGAACAAGUGGUAGCUUGACCCGCAGCGAUUCCAUGGGUUCGCAACAAUCUGUUCGAUCGUACAUUACCCCGCCCUUGGUACCGCUUUACGGUAACGGAAUGAGAGGUGGAAGCAUAGCGGAGAUCUUACUUGGUCUCGCCUACAACGGGACGACUGGACGAUUAUCUGUGGAAAUAAUCAAGGGGUCGCAUUUUCGAGGGGGCGGCGGCAAUGACGCUAGACCGCCGGACACUUAUGUCAAACUGGCUCUGGUAGACAGCAACGCUUGUGAAUUGGGUCGAUCGAAAACCGGUAUUAAACGGGCGCAACCCAAUCCACUUUACAAGGAAACAUUUGUAUUUCAGGUUGCCUUGUUUCAAUUGGGGGAUGUAACUCUCUUUUUAUCCGUCUACAAUCGUCGCAGAGGCGGCAUGGGACGAAAGGGACGUGAGAUGAUAGGUUGGCUUUGCCUGGGACUAAACAGCUCGGGACCGGAAGAAUUGCAACACUGGAACGACAUGCGAAUUGCUCGUCAAGCAACAUUCAAUGCUCAAGUACAGCGAUGGCACGCCUUGUUACGACCUUGAGCAAAAUCACGAAUUCUAGGGAUCAUAGGUAUACGACGAUUCGGGCCGUAUUGUUUCUCACAUCAAAUAGUAAUGAUACACUGCCGUGUGCCGGUUCUUUUUUUUUUUUUUUUUUUUCUUUAGGCAGGCGACUGACGGACGACUACAAAGUCGAUGCAGGAAUAAUGCUAUAAUACUAAUGACUUAAACUCGUGUACACGUUUGAGAGCCUAAUUUUCGUAUUAUACACUUGCACACGGAAGACACAAAAUAAUGGUAGUCUCAGUUGGUUCCUGAUUCCAUCUUGGAUGUAUACCGUUGGUAAUUUUUAUGACAUUCUACCUACAAAUACUCUAUGAAUUCUACUUACAGAAAGUUACACGUUCCAAAAUUCCAAGCCAUUGAUAGCUACGGCGUAUGCUCGGCUGUUUCUAUUUAUUUGUGCCUCCUAGUCACUCAGAUAGUACACCACGUAUUUAAAGAUCACUAUUUAAGCAAUCUAAAUGUUGUACAUUAAUUUGUUAUUAAGGAUUGUUUUAUACCGCUAUGCUGCUUGAAAUUUCGUCUAUUUCGAAAAUUAUAUGUGAAAUAAUGUAAAAUUUUUAUUCGUAACCUGCUGCAUUCAAUGUGUCCGAUAAUCAAAGAUACGUGCUAGGGUGUUCGUUAAGGUCAUUUUUGAUUGUCGAGCGGCUCACUCCCCAAACCGAUUCCAAAUAAUUUAAAAAUAAUUCCCUCAUCUUUUACAGGAUUUUCAUAGCAACUCUAACCUGUACCUGCAAGAGGUUUGAUUUCCCCAUUUAACCUUUUCAGGGGCACAUUAAAUCUACCAAACGGAUGUCGAUAAAACUUGGUAUAGGGUGAUUUCAUUGGUCACUGAUAACGAAUUUUAACUCAAAAUUUAAAAAUUGAAAAUGGUGGAUCCAAUAUGGCUCAUCGAAUGACUUUUAGUACUUUGGUCCGCCAUGGUGGAAUUUUGAUAUUUUGAUUACAGAUUCGUAAUCAGUGACCCCAGAAACCCUCCUAUACAAAAAUUUUUUCGAAAUCUGUUCGGUAGAUUCAAUGUAGGUGAUAGGGGGAUAGCCCCGAACAGUCGCAAAAACGACAUAGUUAUGAUGUAUAUAUGUCGUUUUUGCAAAUGUCCAGGCCUGCCCCUGAAAGGGUUAGAUGGGGAACUCCACCCUCUUGCGAGCAAGGGAUAAAGUUGAGAUGAAAAUCUGAAAUAAUUAGGUAAUCAUUUGUGAAUUAUUUUAAGCGAAUUUGGGGGUCGACCUGGUGGAAAAUAAAAAAUGACCUUUUUAAGAACCACCCUAUUACACGCAUACGCUAUCUGUAACAUUUGCAAGAAGUAGCUAUUUUAUUCACAGUACCGGAUACAAAUUUACGCCAGGUCAUUGAAAGAAAAAGAAAAAAUCAGUUACAUCAUGUGGAAGAUCUUCUAUGCGAAAUUUAACCUGAUAAGUUUUGACACAUUAGUAACUCACUUGUACGAUAAACACUAUAAAUACUAAGCAGAUAGCACUGGUAUAGCUGAUACAAGAUUUCAGAUUUAACGAUGUUACGAGCGUUUCUGGAACAUAGAGGUCGCGGUAGAGCAGAUGAUAUUGUAACAUCUGG